AUGGGAUACAGAGAAGUUGCAGAGAAAGACCAUCACGCUCGAACGAUGUCGUUGGGGGCAGAGAAACCAAACACAAAGACCAGCCCUUUACCACCAUCGAAGAAGAGGACGUCGAGCUGGUCAGACAUCUGGCUUAAGAACACUACGCCCCUCAAGAACGUCAUCUUCGCUAUGCAACUUGCUUCGCCCAAAGACUCCAAAGUCAAACCCACCCACAAAACCCUAAUCCCCAAUUGGGCAAACAUUGACCGUACCUCCCUAUUAUCCGACGAAAUCCUUCUCAAAAUCCUCUCCAAGCUGCCCGAGUCGCAGCGCAAGCCUAACUCGCUCGUCUGCAAGCGCUGGCUCAACCUCCAAGGCCGCCUUGUACGGUCGCUCAAGGUCUUGGACUGGAGCUUUCUCCAAUCGGGUCGGUUGAUCUCGAGGUUCCCCAACCUGAAUCAGGUUGAUAUGCUAUAUGGGUCGUUUAUUUCGGACCAAAAUUCGGGCAUUUUGUUGAGUUAUAGAAUGUUUUCGUUCCAUACCGGUUCCGAGUUCUCACCGAAGCUGAGAGUUUCCGAGUCAAAUUUCAAAUUGCUUCCACCUGUGGUUGUUGACAGAGGGCUUGAUGCGUUGGCGAGUGGGUGCCCCAACUUGCGGAAGCUUGUGGUGAUUGGUGCGAGUGAAAUGGGGUUGUUGAGUGUAGCAGAGGAGUGCCCCACACUCCAAGAAUUGGAAUUGCACAAGUGCAGUGACAAUGUGCUGCGUGGGAUUGCGGCAUGUGAGAAUUUGCAAGUGUUGAAAUUGGUUGCAAAUGUAGAGGGACUUUAUAGUUCAGUGGUUUCGGAUAUUGGGCUUACGAUUUUAGCUCAAGGGUGCACGAGAUUGGUAAAGCUUGAGCUUUGUGGAUGUGAGGGAAGCUUUGAUGGGAUUAAGGCAAUUGGGCAGUGUUGCCAAAUGUUAGAGGAAUUGACUUUCUGUGAUCAUAGGAUGGAUGGUGGGUGGUUGGCUGCACUUUCAUAUUGUGAAAAUUUGAAGACUUUGAGGUUUCAGUCGUGUAAGAGGAUUGAAACUAUUCCGGGGCCCGAAGAGUAUUUGGGUGCUUGCCCUGCUCUGGAGCGGUUGCAUUUGCAGAAGUGCCACUAG